UAAAAAAGGCUAAAUGGAAGAAUAAAUCAAUGAGAAAUUUAUGAUCCGAAAAUUUAAAACUUCUACAGCUGGAAUUAAGUUUCUGGUGACAACCUGAAUUCGUGCCUUCUAAAAUUUCCAAGCAAACGAACGAUGAAGAAAGCAGAUAGUGGAAACCUAAGAUUCCAUUCCACAACCCGUCAGUUCAUUUAGGCAAAAUUCCAUCGAAUAAGAAUAAUAAAUAUUUCAUAAACCAGAACAACUAAAUAAUACCCAACAAAAACCACAACAAGAACCACACAUGCAGAGGCGGCUCUAGCGCAUGUAGCGCCCGUGUGCAGUCGAUGCCCUGGAGCCCUUUGAUAGACGCGCAGUCAAAAUGGAAUAAUCGAAUGUGUACCUACCUAGUACCAGUACUAAGGGUUUUAGAGGGUAUUAGGUACGCUUAUAAUGUUAACGAAUAUCCAGAUGGAAAUAGUGCAAUAGUAAAUGAUGUCGGGAGCCAAUAGGUAUUCACGGCGUCAGAACAACCUAGGUACUCGUUAAAAAUAUUUAAUUAAAAAUGAAGUUUUUUAUCUACAGGUAAAGUUGAAAAUUGGUUGAGGAAAUUUGACAGGUUUGACUACACGAGUAACUAGUACUUUUAGGAAGGAAUUGGUUAGAUGAAUAAAAAAGAACAAAUUUGUGAUUAUUUAAAAUAGUAUAUUACAUAUCUAGCGGGAAAGUACUCUAUUUCAGCCGAGCGGCAAGGUAGUUUACCGAGGUGCGAAGCACCGAGGUAAACUACAGACGCGAGGCUAGAAUGAGUUCCCGCGAGGUUUGUAUACUACUUUACUCACAAUCGGUUAGUAGUUUAUGGAUUUCUAAUACUCACAAUCUACCAAUAAUAAUUUCAUUUCAAAUAUCUGCCAUCUACGCCACCAGAACUGCGGGUAGCUGCAGAGAGAGCUACUGAAUGAAUAAUUACUGAAAAAAGCAGGGAGAGGUAUGAAAACACCUAUGAACUAUACAGUAAAUGGUGCGUGGCUAAAGGUGUGCAGCAUACCUCUGAGAGGGUACUUCUUGCUUAUUUUAGCUCCACAGCCUCCACAUUAUGGUCAAGAUAUUCGAUGUUGCGAGCAGUAUUGAACUUUAGGCAUAAUGUUGAUAUUAGUAAAUACGCAAAAUUGCGGGCAUUUUUGAAAAGGCAGAAUAUGGGAUAUCAAGCUAAAAAGUCAAGUGUUUUUUCUGAAGCAGACAUCGAUACAUUUUUAAACAAUGCCCCGAUAGAAUAUCUUCCUCAAAAGGUUCCUUUAAUUAUUGGCAUUUCCGAAGCCUGUAGGUGCGAUGAACUUUUAAAAAUGAAAAUAAGUGACCUGGAUAUUUUAGAAAAUCGAAUUAUAAUAGUGAUUCCUGUCACAAAAACCCACUCUUCCCGUACAUUUGUAAUUACAAAAUCGGAAUGGAUAAAAAUAAUAAAGCAAUUCUGUGCUGUGACCUUCGUAAUAACGUUGACUCUGAUAGAUUUUUUUUACAAAUAAGAUUUGGUAAAAUUACUCGACAGCCUUUUGGGCAUAAUGCUAUAGUUUUCCCAAAAAAAAUAGCAACUUAUUUAAAGUUGGAAAACGUUAACAGGUUUACAGGACAUUGUUUUAAACGUACUUCAGCAACAUUAUUAGCAAAUACAGGUGGAGACAUCCUACAGUUGAAAAAGUUGGGGGGUUGGAACUCCAACACCGUAGCAGAGGGAUAUGUGGAGAAUUCAUUACAUGGACAAAUAAAAAUUGCUAAUAUGUUGUCUCAUGUAGAUAAUCCAGAAACAUCGGCGUCAUCAUCUAUUCCUGAAACUCAUAAUUUUGAGCAACACCGUCUUACUUUAACCGUUAAUAGUAAUCAUAAUUCCAAUGUAACUAUUAAUAUUUAUAAUUCCAAAUAGUUUUCUUUUUAUUAUUAUUGUUGUUGUUUCUUAAUUAAAUAAAUGUUGAGUGGAUUCUA